UCGGGGAGCACGCUAUCAGCGCUAUUGCAUCAUUCUAUCUUUGUUUUACAUCUAAUGAGCAAUAAAGAUUGAACGAUGCAAUACUGAGCCACAACAGCACCAAACCACCAACCUUGAACGAUGCAAUAGUGCUGAUAGCGCGCUCCCCGAACGCAUCCUCAGUUUUCUCUCCGUCCGUAACAGAUCGACCGCGAUUGAUCGACUCCGUUAAUCUCGAAAUUAUCUAGACGCGUGCGCACGUUAUCGAUAUAUUUUUUUACAUCGAAGUUUAAAAUAUCGAUAUCUUCCCACGAGUAUCAUGCACGUAUAAAUCCCCCGUUUUUGCACGACAAAAGUCAUCUCGUUGUUCUCGCGAGACAAACGUAAAUAAUAUUUUAAUUUAAUUUGAAUACAGUAGUAAUUUUCGCUCUUCUUGACGAAAAGUGCGCAAUAAGACGGAAACAUUAACGUUAACACUAACAUACGUGCGUGCAACAAAGUAAUCUCUGAGAGAGAGAGAAAAAUAUUUGUUAGUUUGCGUUAAAAAAUUUUCGCAAAAUUUCAUAUUCGCGCGCGCCGUGAAAAAGAACACGGUUUUUUAGGAUCCGUCAAUUUCACAAAUCGAAAUGCACGAGAUUUUUGCGGAAGACGACAUCCCGACGAAGUCGGAGCUUCGUCAACAACUUGGAGUUUCGCUGACGCAAGUGCUCGUCGAUUACAGUCAUGACGAUGUGAAAAACUUGUUAGGAUCUUCGGUGAGACAAUCGUUUGACGCGACAACACCGCGAUCGGACAUCGACGACGAGAUGUGGCCAGAGAAACAUAAAGUUCUCAAGUCGCAUGUGCAUCAUGACAUUUUAGCUUUGGGCGAGAAAGAGUUAAAACAGUUUCGAACCCGCGUCGAGGACGCGACGACGAUCAGACUCAGAGACGAGUUUGCCGAGAAGUAUCACAUGUUCGAGGCGGAAAAGAGAUUCGCCAUCGAACGUAACGCGAAUGAGAUUCACGCCAGAUACGCGGAAUUGUUCAAGGCCGCUCAGGAGGAGUUGCGGGAGAAGCUGCGGAUCGACUGGGCGGACACGGAGGCUAAACACAAGAAGGAACUGCAGAAAGCUAUCGUGAGAGCGCGAAUGGAUACGACGCACGAGGUGCUUAGAAGAAUGCGGCCUCAAAUAUUCCACGUUAUCGCAAACCUGUACAACGAUCUCGAACUGUCUUAUCGCUCGAAGAGAGAGAGAAUGAUCGCCGACUUCAAUCAAAUCAUGAGAAAGCACUAUACCGAGAUGGAUGCGAAAAUCGCGAAAGUUGAGAGCGAAAAAGUGAAGGAGUUGCGUGUUCAACGUCGCGAACUCGAGAUGCGAAAUAUCACAAAUAUCAUUUAUCUCGUUUGCGCGGAGAGAUUGCACUGCGAUUUGCAAACGGAGGCGUUGUGCAAAUACUUCGAGGUAAAUUACGGAUAUCGAUAUCGAAUUUUUUUUCACGAUGUGUGCGAUAUUUACAAACAUCUGAAACAUUCAAAUCGCACAAAUUCGCAGAAUCGAAUUGAAUCUCUGUACGAGCACAUUGCCGAGCAAAACGAAAUUAUAUGGGCGAUGAGAGAUGGGAUCGCGGAGCAACGCGACAAGAACGCGAAACUUCGAGAAAAAAUCGUUCUUAUUACCGAGGAGUUUCGGAAAUUCAUCAAUUUCGCGCUCGACAGCGUGCCGGAACACGCCGACUUCUUGUUGCCGUCAGACUUGUCUAGCGCGGACGAAGAAGUCGCGGAGCAAGAAAAGAAUCGAUAGAUAAAGAGACGAGAUAUAUGUAUAUUUAUCGCAAGAAGAAAAAUUAUUAAAGAAAGUGAUGAGAUAUUGUGUGAAAACACAUGUGCGCACAUCUCGUGAGACGAUUGUUACAAUGCAUUUACAGCGUGGUAUAAUUGUUUCUCGUAAAAAUUGCAGUUAUAUAUACAUCAAACACACAUAGCAACAAAUUGGGGAAUCAGAAUCAUCGACUGAUCGCGCGAUAAACAGACUAAGAUUUGUUUUUUUCCGGCGUUCUGUAACAGAAAAACGUAUGUAUGUUGCAAAUCCUCCCGUCUAUAAAUAAUUAAUAUGUCAACAGUUCGUUGAAAUUCCGGGCGUUCUUUGUUUGACAACCGCGAUACCACUUCGGAUCCCGCAGCAGAUUGAAGGUGCGCUGAUAAAAUUGCGCGAUCAUUACAGACUUCAGACCCAGUUUACUCGGCGGGACGGGAGGAAAAUCGCCGAGGCGCCAACCGUACGUCCAGUUCUGGGAGUCGGGAAAGUAGUAACGCUUUUCCGGAAGUUCUUUGUAUCUGGAGAAACGUUUUUUUUCGGAAGAGCAAUUGUAUAUAACGAGCAAUCGAACGCGCGUUUUUUUUUUUUUAAGCGUAUUGAUAUUUACGCGCUCUACCUUUCAGUUAAAUAACUGUCGGCGGCGAUGAAAGUCGGAACUUUUUUCUCGUAAAGCAGAGCUCGGACACUGGGAUCGACCGGCUUCAUGAUAUCUACAUUGACAGAAUCGUCGGGUUCGAGUGGCCUCCAGCGCGGCAAAGGCUUCCGUUUCACCUGCGCGUGUGAAAUAACAUUUGAGAAAGUUUGAAUAUCUACGAAUCUCAUCUCAGACAUUAUUUCACGUAAUAAAACGCACCGCGGGUUUGUCAAUGCGAACUUUCUCCUCCCGUUUCUUCGCGGAUUCGAUCGCUUCUCUGGCUCGUUUCAUAAGUUUCGGCUCUCUCAAAUUUUCUAUCAGUCGUUCUUGAUUCUUUACGAACCAUCUCAUUCGUAUUCUGUUCUCGUUUCUUAUCAAUUCUUUAUGAAAUAAUUGACAACGAGUGUCGCACACGUCACCAGCGCUUCUCGCCAUAAUUUUCGCUCGUGCGCUUUUUGGUUUUUGUAAAGAAAAUUAAAAAUAAUUACAAAUAAUUUCAAAAAUCAAAACAGAUACACCCCUGCUUCAACACAUACGCCCGUCGGAAAGGGAUAAUUUCGUGGAAACAGAUCUGAAGUAAGAUUUUUGCGAUGUUUCUGUCCUCAAAUGUUUUUGUCCUCCGUUUUUUUUUUUUUACACACAUCGAUAAAAAAUAAGAAAGACAAAAAGUGUAACGCACUUAAGCACAACAUUGCUACACAAUAUUUUGUAGAAUUGAUUUAUUUACAUUGUUAUUAUGUAUAUUUGCGUGUUUUCUCACUGCGUGUUACAUAAAUUCAGUAUGUAUACUUUUAAUAAUAAUAAUAAUAAUGUACGACAUUAUUUCUUUAUAAUAAUACCAGUGGGAGCAUAUAUAUGUAUAUAUAUGCAUAUACAUACGAUUAUGUACACCUUGCUUUACAAAAACACGGGUAAUGUAUAAAAACAAAAAAGAAAGAAACAUAAAAAAAAACAUCUAACCGAUUCGAAUAACCGUAUACAAAUCACAUAUGUGCGUGCGUGCAAUAAUAAAUUCUCAAAAUAAAUUGGAAAAAUGCUGUAUUUAUAUAACAUCAACAAUUCAAACUAAAUGUGAAAAGUAAAGCGUACGUUCGUGUGAAAUUCAAAGAUGUCAAGAUCAAUUAAAAAAAAAAAAAAAA